AUACAGAUUACAUUAAAGAAAGAGAAAGAGAAAAGGAUGACAGCAAACGAACAACCAUACGACCGGCUCCGGGAGGUGAAACAAUUCGACGAUUCAAAAAUCGGUGUAAAAGGCCUAGUCGACUCCGGUCUAACCACAAUCCCCCGAUUCUUCCAACACCCACCCAAUAUCCGAUCUGGGUUUCUCCCUUCCUCCCGAUCCAAAUCCUCUUACCAAAUACCCAUAAUCGAUCUCUCCAACCACCGUACCAAAAUCAUCGAUCAGAUCAAAUCCGCCUCCUCUUCUCUAGGAUUCUUCCAAAUAAUCAAUCAUAACGUCCCUAAACAAACCCUAAACCACGCAAUCUCCUCUGUAAAAGCCUUCAACGAGCUUCCAACCGAUGAAAAGUCUCAAUACUACCAUCGCAACCUCGGUCGCGGUGCAUCGUUCUCUACAAACUUCGAUCUUUACCAAUCCCAAGCCGCGAGCUGGCGAGAUACACUCCAGAUUCGUCUCGGACCAACACCGCCGAAUCCGGGGGCUUUGCCGGAGGAUUUAGAAUUGGCAAUUGUGGAAUGGGAUAGGGAGAUUAAGAAACUGGGUGAAGAACUUAUGGGGUUGAUUUCGGAAGGGUUGGGGUUAGAGAAAGAGAGGUUGAAAGAUAUGUCUUGUUUGGAGGCGAGGACGGUGGUGGGUCAUUAUUAUCCUUAUUGUCCUCAACCAGAUUUGACGAUUGGGAUUUCAUCUCAUACGGAUCCGGGUGUUCUUACUGUGCUUCAACAGAAUGAAGUGGGUGGGUUGCAGGUUAAGUUUGAUGAUGAUUGGGUUGAUAUUGAACCUGUUUCUGGGGCUCUUGUUAUCAACAUUGGUGAUCUUUUGCAGAUCAUGUCUAACGAUGAAUUAAAGAGCGUUGAGCAUCGCGUGCUGGCGAAUCCCAAUCAUAAUCCGCGAUUGUCUAUCGCAGUUUUCUUCAACCCAAGUAAACGUGAGGAGCUUUUGGGACCGCUGCCAGAACUAGUGAGUGCAGAAAAGCCACCUGUUUAUAGAGAGUUCAUGAUGACAGAUUUCUUGAAAAGGUUCUUCUCUAAAGAAUUGGAUGGCAAGAGCUUAACUGAUUACUACAAAAUCUAGACUUGACUACACUCUCUUUGUAUAAUUUAUUGAAACAUUGUUUGAUAUAUUAAUAAAUCAAUUGGCAUUGGAGGUUCGAACUUAUAUUGUUUUUAUUAGAUGGGGCUCGAAUUAUGAAUUGUGCAUUGUCAAGAUAUUAGUCAUUUGAGGCUUUCUCAAAUGGACAAAAGAUUGUUAUCUUAUUUUAAUAUAUCAUAUUCGUUUUUUC